AUGGCUCCUACCAAGCCUUCUUCCAAGGGCGCCUCCUCCGGUGGUGCUAAGGGUGGUGCUAAGGGCUCUAAGCCCUCAUCUAUGUCCUCCUCAUCGCGCGUGAGCAAGUCUAAGAAUGUCAAGCGUCCCCCGCCGAAGGAAGUCAAGGCCAAGGCGCGCACCGAGAAGGAAAACUUGAAGAAGAAGAAGAAGCGUGUCUACACAGAGGCUGAGCUCAACCUGCCCGAGUUAAAUACCAUCACACCGGUUGGUGUCAUAAAGCCCAAGGGCAAGAAGAAGGGAAAGACCUUUGUUGAUGAUCAGGAGGGUAUGAUGACCAUUCUUGCUAUGGUCAAUGCCGAGAAGGACGGUCAAAUCGAGUCUAAGAUGAUGAAGGCACGCAAGUUGGAGGAGAUUCGGGAGGCCAGACACAAGGAGAUGGAGGCCCGACAGGCACAGAAGUCCAAGAAGUUGGAGGCAGUCAAGGACUCUAUUCGCAACGACAAGAAGAAGGGCAAGGGUGGUGACGAUAAGUCAAGCGAUGCCUCAGCGUCCAAAUCAAAGGGCUCGAAGUCCUCAAAGCCAAACCGGAAAAGUGUUUCUUUUGCUUAA